AUGGAAAUGCUGGUGCCAUCCGAAGCAGUCCCGAUAAGGCUAUGCGUACCCAUGAAGAUGUCUUUCCUCGACAUCAAUAGGUUGCCCAUGACGGAUUUCUUCGAGGUCCUCGGUUUCCACCCUACCGUCACCCUUGCUCCUCAAAUAGCCGUACCUGCUCGACCGUUGUUUCUCCAGAUACCAGUAAUGGUAACGUUAUAUGAUCUUACAAUAGCUUAA